UAUAUCAUCUAAAUUCCCACUUCGGCAAAUCUCAUUUUACCAGUCCUCUCCUCUCUCACUCAAACACGCGCUCUGCCUCCCCAAAAUGCUGCGAUAUGGUUCACGAUCCCUCUUCAGCCGAGCUUCCGCCACAUCCAUGAGGUGGCGCCGCCAGUUUUCUACCGAUCUCCAGGCGGAGACUGCCGAAGACGCGAAGUUUGUGGAAUCCUGGAAGAAAAUGAACCCCAAUAUGGACCCGCCGAAAACCCCAUCGGCGUACAUGAAGCCUCGACCACCCACCCCAUCCAACAUUCCGUCGAAGCUCACUGUCAAUUUGGUGCUUCCUUAUGAUUCUGUCUUAUCCUCCAAAGAGGUUGAUAUGGUCAUAGUCCCAGCAACUACGGGACAAAUGGGUGUUUUACCUGGUCAUGUAGCUACAAUUGCGGAGCUAAAACCUGGGAUUCUGUCAGUUCACGAAGGCAAUGAUGUGUCUAAAUAUUUUCUGAGCAGCGGGUUUGCUUUUGUCCACGCGAACUCUGUUGCCGAUAUAAUUGCUAUUGAGGCCACACCAGUAGAUCACCUAGACCCCAAUUUGGUUCAGAAAGGCCUUGCAGAGUUUCAACAAAAGCUAAACACAGCAUCAACCGACGUGGAGAAAGCUGAAGCACAAAUCGGCAUAGAUGUACACAGCGCUCUCAAUGCUGCUCUUACAGGUUGAAAUGUUUGAGUUGGAUCUUUUUGUACGCCCCCAUCUGCAGAAGCUGGUUUCCGGUGGCUCGUCAAACCGAACGAUUUCUUAAGAAUUCUGCCAUGAAAGGACGUUUUGAAUAAAUAACGGCUUUUGCUCAUUUUUAUCAGCUUGUUAUUAGGUAAGAUGAUAAUAACCAUGACACCUGUUUGGAGAAAGAUCAUAUACCCUAAUGUAUCUCAACCCGCAACUAGCUGUGAUUGAGAUUUGUUCAUGAUGAUGACGAUUGAUGCUUGUACUUAUUUAAGUUGGAAGUUGGUCUUUUCUCUAAAGAUUUCUGAAAUCAA